CACGUCCUUAAAUGCCAUGUUCGUACAGGAUUGGAAUAUUCUUCAGGCUGAUGGAAGAUAGUCGUCGGGUUCACGUGGUUCAGUCUAGGUACCUCUUUGGUUCCCUGGACUGUGCGCUACCUGGCAAAUGACGUACAUGCAUCCGAGCUGGAGCCUUUGAAUAAUGGAUGAAAGCGCUCCCUCCCCGGUGACCGUCUAAGUAGAAGUACACCCGGAACAUCGGAUUGUAGCCUGAGCGGUGCCUCGUCUUGUCAACUUGUCCCUGUCGGCGCCACGCAACACUUGUCGCAUUCCCAUUUUCCAUCAUUUCGACUCGACAACUCAACAAAACAACCGGCAAUGCGGCCCAAGUUCGCCCUAUAAUCUUAGAGGUAUCCGUUGUUGACCUUGCUCGCCAUGGUCUUCACCAUGGGUCCUCGAAAGAAGGCGAAGCCAAACCCUCCGACCGAGACGGCGGAAUCCUCAACGCCCACAUCCGAUAUGCCGCCGAAAUCGUCCUCAAGUCUGGCAGCCUCUAUAUGGCGUUCAAAAGCCGUUCCAACGCCGACCGCUUCGAACUCAGCUUCGACCACAACCUCGACACCCGAUAAGACUCCCUCAACAUCCCAACCUAAUGCGGCCGCAGAUACAACAUCCAUCUCGAGCAAGCGAGCGUUGAAAGAGCCCCAUAAAGCUCAAAGUUGGUACGGCUCAUGGCCACGCAAAUCGACACCCUCGACACAAGUCGCCCGUGAAACAAUAAUGGGCGGGACACUCAAACCGAAAAAGCGAGCAGACUUUAGCCGUUUUGAUACAGAAAGGAGUACCGACAGUGUCAGUCUCGACGGUGCAGCUUCAUCUUCGUCUCUCCCAAACAUGUCACGAUCCGAGAACCUUGAUGAUAGGGGAUCCACAGGCGGUGAGGUACCAAAGCCGGGGCAGGCAGUGGACGAUAACGCUGCCAAGACCGACCAAGUCGCUGUUAGUACCACUGGCAGCAAUGAAGCCGAGGAUCGCCCAUCACAAGACACCGAACAACAACAACAACCGAUGCCAGAUACAAAUGGUACACAACAGCCUGCGGAGUCACAGUCUACUACCACAGAACCACAGUCGGGAGAAGCUGCUUCCUCCAGCUGGCUAGGGUGGCUGGGUCAGUCUGCAUAUUACUAUUAUCCAGUGUUAACUGCCUCCGCCCCGGCUAUGCCAAAGCCCAGCGAACUCAAGUCCAACGAGAGCGAACCUGAAGUACCUGAACCCCCCAAACCGACCGACGAACCCUCAAACAACAUGCCGUCAGACGGAGAUCCGCCAAAGGCCCCAGAUGCCCAGAAGCCUACGUCACAAGCUGCAACUCAAGAAAAGCCGACUUAUAGUUACGGAAGUUAUUUAUUUGGGUUCUGGUCAGGGAGUGGGACAGCAGAAACAAAACAGACAGAUUCAACAGCAUCGACGGGGGAGCCACAACAGGAAACAACAAAUCAGCCGCCAAAGGAUUCUGAGGAUGUUGAGAUGCAGGAUGCGCCUCCAGUAGAGGAGGCUAAGCCGGCCCCAGCACAACAACCAAGAUCAGGGUCUACUUGGGCGUUCUGGUACCGUGACUCAGGGUCGACGUCAAAUAAGAAAGAUGGCCAGAAAGAGGAAUCUGGCCAGCUGGCUGUGAUGGGGGAAAGUUCCGAGUCCCAACCGAAGAACGCAAAUGCGACCGAGCCGGAGACAGAGCCAGCCAAAGAGCCAUCACUAAAGUCGGUAAAGAAAGACGACCAACCUAGAGCGGCCACACCUUCAUUAAAAGAAAGCUCGUCGAAUAAGGGCAAACGGGCAAGACCGCAAUCCAUGGUCGACGAGCCCAUUUCCCGCCCUGAUACACCCAAGGUUGAGCCUAUUGCAAAGGCUGAAGGAACACCCAAAGCUGGAACUUCCAAGAGUUCGAGUUCGAUCAAACUGCCGCCUCCCAACCUUGUCCUCCCAUCAUUCCACAAUGUGUACCGCAUGAAAGAGAACCCUUCUAUUGUCAGACAGAUUAAAAAUUACCUACUACGAACGCAACAACCGGCGCCCAAGCAUGUGAACCUGGCCAGGGAGCCGCCAAAGAUCAAAAAAGCCAUAGCGUUUGGAGUACACGGGCUGAUCCCCACAUACUAUUUGCGUCCGUUAACAGGACAGCCGACGGGAACAUCGAUAAAAUUUGCAAACCACGGCGCUGAAGCGAUUAGAAGAUGGGCCGAGAGUCACGGCUGUGGGGAUUGCGAAAUUGAGAAGGUCGCCCUGGAGGGAGAAGGCAAGAUCGAUGAGCGUGUGGAAAAUCUCUGGAAGCUUCUCUUGAACUGGAUUGACAAGAUCCGCCAAGCGGACGUCGUGAUCCUAGCAUGCCAUUCUCAGGGAGUUCCCGUAAGCAUCAUGCUGUUGGCAAAACUGUAUGAACUGGGUGUUAUCUCUCCAACAGCAAAGGUCGGUGUUUGCGCGAUGGCGGGUGUGUCUCUCGGCCCAUUCCCGGAUUACAAGACGGGACUAGAGAUCAUCAUGGGAUCUGCAGCCGAGCUAUGGGAGUUCGGAGAUCCGCAAAGGGAGGUAUCCAAGAAGCUUGAAGCGGCUGUCAAGGCAGUAUUGAGCUACGGGGCUCGAAUCACUUAUAUCGGCAGCAUCGACGACCAGCUUGUUCCCUUCGAAUCUGCCAUAUACGCUCCCGCUCAUCACCCGUACAUCUACCGGGCCGUAUUCAUCGACGGUCGCAUCCAUGCUCCUGACUUCAUCGCUCACCUGGUCGGUUUCGUACUGAAACUACGAAACCUUGGCGUCACAGACCACGGGCUCAUCCGUGAGCUCUCCGUCCCUCUGGCUGGCAGCUUAUACACAGGCGAUGGCCACUCUCGUCUUUACGACGAUGAGCAAGUCUAUGACCUAGCAAUCUCCCACGCCCUAGAAACAACCGACAUCAGCCCUUCUCCCACCCGUCCCAACAGCAAAUCCCCCAUUCCCUGCGACAUGGCCACCCGCCAACCCGGUACCCUCUCCAACCCGAACCCGUACCACCUGCCCUGGAUCAUGCGCGGCCUGCUGGAGGAGGACUUUGUCAAGUCGGAGCUGUCGAACGAAGUGGAGGAAUUACUGAAACAGUUUGACGAUUGGAAGCCGACGACUAAGGCCCUGAAGGAUGUUAAGUAUCGGUUGGAGGCUGUUAGGUCGAAGCUUUGAGGGGUGGUGUGGUUGGUGAGGCGUGCUUGAUGGGUGAUUUGAAGGACACAUGGUGGUUGUGGCGGUUGGAGUCUGUUAGCGAUGGGUUACUUGCGUUACAUACAUGAGAGGUGUUUUGGGGUGUUUGAUGCUUUUGAUUUCUCGGGGC